GCAAUCAUAUAAGAUUUAAGUUUGAAAAAAAAAUUGAAAAAUAAUUCAAAUAAAGAAAUAUGUCAGAUAGGCAUCGAAAAUAUUCAUCAGGAUCAUCUGAUGAUAGUUAUGAAAGAGAAAAAAGAAAAAAGACAAAAUCACAUCAUAAAGAGCAUCGAAGGAAGCAUAAGAAAGAACACAGGCGUGAAGAGAAAAGAUCAAGUAGUUACGAAAGAAAAAAGUAUCGUCAUGAUCGUGAUAGGCAUAGAAGUAGUAAGUAUGAUGACAGAAGAAAGGAUAAUAGAGAAAAAGAAACUGAUCAUAAAUAUAAAUCAAAGCAUGAAAAAUAUGAACAUGAUAAUAAAAAGAGCAUUAUAGCUGAAACCAAAAAAACGGAAAUAAUAUUGCCACCUGUGGACUCUCAGAAUAAUCCAGUAAACGCGAUAAAGCAACUGACAGAGGAUUUACCAAGCACGAGUACAAAUAGUGACAUUGCAUUACCUACAUAUUAUAACUCGACUAUCGUAAAUGCACAAAAGUUUGCAGAACAGCAAAAGAAGAGGAAACUUUUGUGGAAUAACAAGAAAAGUGAGGAAACAAAAUGGACGAAUCUUAAGUUUUCACAAGAUAAUGAUGGAACUAAAGCUAAUAAAUUUAUGAGAUUGAUGGGCAUAAAAGAUCCAAAAGAAGAAACUUCAUCGCAACCUCAGCCAUCAAAAUCGGACACUGAUAGCAACAAGUCAGACGAAAUGUUAAAAAAUAUGGAACAUCAAUAUGAAGUAGCUCGAAAUAUCACACAUUUAUCAAGAGGUUUCGGUCUCGGUUUUAAAUAACAUUGGUUGUAAAAUAAAAUAAAGAUUUUGGGGAUUAUUAUUUAACUGAAUAAUUUGAUAAAUGAUGAACUGCAAUUUUCCAUGGAAUGCUAUCCUUCCGUAAAUAUUUCAGAGAGCUUUUGUAUGCUUUCAGUAAGAUUUCAUCUGUUUCAAGUGGAUAAAGGUAAUCAUUGAAAUCGUACAGCAAAUCCGUUUCUUCGCAAUUGAUGAAUUUCAAAACCAUUGCAUAUUCGGACCAAACAAUAUUUCUCCAUUUAGAAUCAUUCUUUUGAGACAAUGGAAUCAUUAACAUACUGCUAAAAAGAUUAUCUCCAUAACUUUGUGCUUGGAAAGUAUCGAGGAACAAUUUGUAUAAACUCUCAAAAUCUUUUUCAUUAUUGAGUUUGUGGUUGAACUUGAAAACUUUACCCUUCAUAUUGUCAAGGUCAGAUUUAAUCAUUUCCUUUACUGAUUCGUUGAGAAAAUUUAGGUCCUUUCCGAAAUAGAUAAGCAUCAAGUACAUCAACUGUUCAUCAUUUGACAAUGUCUGGAUCCCUUUAGACUUCAAAAAUGAUUUAAAUUUGAGUGUUGUGCUGAUUAUCUCAUCUUCAGUCAAAUCCGUUUCGAUUGUUUGCUUUACAUCGUUGCUGAUAACCCCAACAUUACAGAGAAAGAUGAGUAGAAAUUCAUAGGCCCACGUAUCACGUAGUAAUAAUUUAUUCCAUCCUUCAACUAUCGCAAUGUAAUUAGUCUUCCGUUCCUAAAU